GUCUAACCGCAGCUCUGCUUUCAUUCAUGCUGAGCGCUGCUCUCCUGUGCGCACGGAACUGCAGAGCUGAGCUUUGGAACCGGUGCUGGUCCUGCUGCUGCUGUCUGACAAGCCCGCCGGGAAUAGAAAUGUCUUCUGCUGCAACUCUUCCAUCCUAAUAACAUGCCAAACAGGACGCACGCGAAGGACGCUUUGAUCAGGCUGGCAGCAGACAAGACUGAGGAUCAGGGGAUGAGGUUAUAAAAAAACAACAGCGGAGAAAGGAGGAAAAAAAGGAAAGAGGAAGUCGAUCGCUUGGAAACUCUUUCUUUUGUAACAUCGUACCCUGCAGUCCUAUAAGGCGCCGACUGACCCUGCAGAGGAUUACGCAGUCAAAGAUACUCACCAACACCCACACGUUCACACCUCCCCCUCCCCUCACUGCCAUGUCCUCCCACCUCAACUCACCCUUUCUCAUCCUCCCCGCCUUCUUUCUGCUCCUCUCCCUCUCCAUGCCCACCGCCUCCACUCCUUCCCCCUCCUCCCUCUUCUCCUUCUCCCCGCCUGAAGGAGGUCUCACACAUUUGGUGGUCCACAACAAAACCGGCGAGGUCUACCUGGGCGCCGUCAACUGGAUCUACAAGCUGUCCAGCAACCUCACCAAGCUGCGGAGCCACGUUACUGGCCCCGUGACGGACAACCCUCGCUGUUACCCUCCGCCCGGUGUCCAGUCCUGCCCCCACGAGCUGGUGCAGACCUCUAAUGUCAAUAAACUCCUGCUACUUGACGCUGCCCACAACCGCUUGAUCGCCUGUGGGAGCACUUCCCAGGGAAUAUGCCAGUUCCUGCGUCUGGAUGAUUUGUUCAAGCUCGGCGAGCCCCACCAUCGCAAAGAGCAUUAUCUUUCCAGUGUUGCGGAAGCGGGCACCAUGUCAGGUGUCGUGAUCUCCCCGGACCUUUUCGGCGAAGGUGGAAAACUCUUCGUCGGAACUCCCAUCGACGGGAAAUCUGAGUACUUCCCGACGCUGUCCAGCCGCAAGUUGAUGUCUAACGAGGAGAACGCGGACAUGUUCAGCUUCGUCUACCAGGAUGAGUUUGUUUCCUCGCAGCUCAAGAUUCCCUCAGACACGCUCUCAAAGUUUCCUGCAUUUGACAUCUACUACAUCUACGGCUUCAACAGCGAGCAGUUUGUGUAUUACCUGACCUUACAGCUCGACACCCAGCUCACCUCGCCAGAUGCAAGCAGCGAACAGUUCUUCACCUCUAAAAUCGUUCGCCUGUGCGUCGACGAUCCCAAGUUCUACUCCUACGUGGAGUUCCCCAUCGGCUGCACCAAGGAUGGAGUGGAAUACCGCUUGGUUCAGGAUGCAUAUUUGGCCCGGCCGGGGACUCGUUUGGCGCGUUCGCUCGGCAUUCAAGAGCACGAGGAGGUUCUGUUUACUGUAUUCGCCCAGGGUCAGAAGAACAGAGCCAAGCCGCCCAAGGAGUCGGCUUUGUGUCUGUUCACAAUGAGGCGGAUAAAGGAGAAGAUUAAAGAGAGGAUUCAGUCGUGCUACAGAGGAGAGGGGAAACUCUCCCUGCCCUGGCUGCUCAACAAGGAGCUGGCCUGCAUCAACUCGCCAUUGCAGAUAGACGAUAACUUCUGCGGCCAGGACUUCAACCAGCCUCUAGGGGGCACCACGGCCAUCGAGGGCAUCCCGCUUUACGUGGACAAGGAUGACGGCAUGACCUCUGUGGCGGCCUACGACUACCGCGGACACACUGUGGCGUUCACUGGCACUCGCAGUGGACACAUGAAGAAGAUCCUUGUGAACUCCAUUACCCAGCCUGCCUUGCUGUAUGAAAAUGUGGUGGUGAGUGAUGGGAGUCCCAUCCUUCGAGAUCUUCUCUUCAGCCCGGAUCAUCAAUACUUAUACGCCCUCACCGAUAAACAGGUUACACGUGUACCAGUGGAGAGCUGCGAGCAGUACACCUCCUGUGGAGCUUGUCUGGGAUCAGGAGACCCUCACUGUGGCUGGUGUGUGCUUCAUAAUGUAUGUUCAAGGAAGGAUCACUGUGAGCGAGCAGAGGAACCGCAGCGCUUCACUACCAGAGUGGAGCAGUGCGUCCGGCUCUCCGUCCAACCUGACACCGUCUCCGUCACCAUGUCAGAAGUGCAGUUGGUGCUUCAGACCCAGAAUGUGCCCAGUCUGUCUGCUGGAGUCAACUGCUCCUUUGAGGACUAUGUAGAGACGGAAGGACGCAUCUACGGUGGACGCAUCUUCUGCCUGUCCCCCUCUACAAAAGACGUUGCCCCCAUCACACGAGACCAGGGUGAUCAACGUGUAAUAAAGUUGUAUCUGAAGUCGAAGGAGACGGGAAAGAAGUUUGCCAGCGUGGACUUUGUGUUCUACAACUGCAGCGUCCACCAAUCGUGCCUGUCCUGUGUCAAUGGAAACUUCCCCUGUUACUGGUGCAAAUAUCGGCACAUGUGCACGCAGGACGCCAGCGAUUGCUCCUUCCAGGAGGGACGAGUCAACACCUCUGAGGAGUGUCCUCAGAUCCUGCCCUCCACCCAGAUCUAUAUCCCCGCUGGAGUUAUGAGGCCGAUCACCCUGCUGGCUCAGAACCUGCCCCAGCCUCAGUCCGGACAGAGGAACUACGAGUGUAUCUUCCACAUCCAGGGCAACACUCACAGCGUCCCGGCUCUGAGGUUCAACAGCAGCAGCAUACAGUGUCAGAAGACCACGUACGACUACGAGGGCGGUGACAUCAGUGACCUGCCAGUCGACCUCUCCGUGGUGUGGAAUGGAAACUUUGUCAUUGACAACCCGUUCAACAUUCAAGCUCACCUGUACAAAUGCAGAGCGUUGCGGGACAGCUGUGGUAUGUGCCUGAAGGCUGACCCCAGGUUUGAAUGUGGCUGGUGCGUCCAGGACAAGAAGUGCUCCCUAAGGCAGGAGUGUACCGGUGGAGGAAAUUCCCACCUCCCACUGCAGCUGGCUGAAGGUGGAGGGUGGAUGCAUGCCACCUCUGGAAACAGCCGCUGCACCCACCCGAAGAUCACUAAGUUGUUCCCUGAGACAGGGCCUCGCCAAGGGGGAACCAGGGUGACCAUCCUGGGGGAGAAUCUUGGUCUGCAGUUCAGAGAUAUCCAGAUGGGCGUCAGGCUGGGCAAGGUGCCCUGCGUGCCUAUUGAGGAGGAGUACGUGAGUGCAGAGAGAAUAGUGUGUCUGCUGAACGACGCUACGGGCUACAGGGUCCAAGAAGCUCAGGUGGAGGUGUGCGUGAGAGACUGCGUCAAUGACUACAGAGCCCUGUCACCUAGGCCAUUCACCUUUGUGACUCCAUACUUCACCCGUAUCCAGCCGUCUCAGGGGCCCAUCUCUGGCGGCACCCGGGUCACCAUCGAGGGAAGCAACCUUAACGCAGGCAGCUACGUGUCUGUCAGCAUAGGACCACAGCCCUGCUACUUCAAAAAGAGGAACGCCCGUGAGAUAGUGUGUGUCACACCGGCUGGACUGUCACCAGGCAGUUCGUCAGUCUUGGUGGACAUCGACGACGCUGAGCUGAGAAACCCCGAGGUCAAGUUUAACUACACUGAAGACCCCACUGUCCUGAGGAUUGAACCAGACUGGAGCAUCGCCAGUGGUGGGACUCUGCUGACAGUAAGCGGGACCAACCUCGCGACCAUCCGUGAACCGAAGAUCAGGGCCAAGUAUGGACAGGCAGAAUCCUUUCAUAACUGUACGGUGUAUAACAACUCAGUCAUGGUGUGCCUGGCUCCGUCGGUGGCAGACUCCGAGCUCGGUUUCUCAGAGACCGGCACUGGCCCGGACGAGAUUGGGUUCUACAUGGACAACGUGAACGCUCUCGUUGUGGUCAAUGAAACAUUCAGCUACUACCCCGACCCCGUGUUUGAGCCACUGAGCCCCUCUGGAAUACUGGAGCUCAAACCCACGUCACCGCUCAUUCUUAAGGGUCGUAACUUGAUCCCAGCCGCUCCGGGUAACAGUCGCCUGAACUACACGGUGCUGAUUGGAGAAACUCCCUGCGUCCUCACCCUGUCUGAGAGCCAGCUGCUGUGUGAAUGGCCCAACCUCACCGGACAGCACAAAGUCACGAUCCGUGCUGGGGGGUUUGAGUACUCCCCUGGGACUCUUCACAUCUACUCAGACAGCCUGUUGACGCUUCCAGCCAUCAUCGGCAUUGGAGGGGGUGGUGGUCUGCUUCUGUUGGUCAUCAUCGCUGUGCUGAUAGCCUACAAGAGGAAGUCGAGGGACGCUGACCGCACCUUGAAACGCCUUCAGCUCCAGAUGGACAACCUGGAGUCCAGAGUGGCCCUGGAGUGUAAAGAAGCUUUCGCAGAACUUCAGACAGACAUCCACGAGCUGACCCAGGAGCUGGACGGGGCCGGGAUCCCCUUCUUGGACUAUCGGACGUAUGCGAUGAGGGUCCUGUUCCCUGGGAUUGAGGACCAUCCCGUGCUCAAGGAGAUGGAGGUACGGGUCCAGGCAAAUGUUGAGAAGGCAUUGACGCUGUUUGGCCAGCUGCUGACAAAGAAGCACUUCCUGUUGACGUUCAUCCGAACCCUGGAGGCUCAGAGGUCAUUUUCAAUGCGGGACAGAGGCAAUGUGGCAUCUCUGAUCAUGACGGCGCUGCAGGGGGAGAUGGAGUACGCCACCGGAGUCCUGAAACAACUGCUGUCCGACCUGAUAGACAGAAACCUGGAGAGCAAAAACCAUCCCAAACUGCUGCUCCGGAGAACCGAGUCUGUCGCUGAGAAAAUGCUGACCAACUGGUUUACAUUCCUGCUGUAUAAGUUCCUGAAGGAGUGUGCUGGGGAGCCUCUGUUCAUGCUUUACUGUGCCAUCAAGCAGCAGAUGGAGAAGGGACCCAUAGACGCCAUCACAGGAGAAGCCCGCUACUCCCUCAGCGAGGACAAGCUCAUCAGGCAGCAGAUUGACUACAAAACACUGACGUUGCACUGUGUGAACCCGGAGAAUGAGAACUCCCCCGAGGUGACGGUCAAGUGUCUGAACUGUGACACCAUCACUCAGGUCAAAGAGAAGCUGCUCGAUGCUGUGUAUAAGGGCAGCCCCUAUUCACAAAGGCCAAAGGCUUCUGAUAUGGACCUGGAAUGGCGUCAAGGUCGGAUGGCCAGAAUCAUUCUGCAAGAUGAAGAUGUCACGACUAAGAUCGACAAUGACUGGAAAAGACUCAACACCUUGGCUCACUAUCAGGUAACAGAUGGCUCAGUGAUCGCCCUGGUGCCAAAGCAGAACUCUGCCUAUAACAUCUCCAACUCCUCCACCUUCACCAAGAGCCUCAGCAGAUACGAGAGUAUGCUGAGGACAGCCAGCAGUCCAGACAGCCUACGAUCCCGAACGCCCAUGAUCACCCCUGACCUGGAGAGUGGCACCAAACUGUGGCAUCUGGUGAAGAACCACGACCACUCGGACCAGAGGGAGGGCGACCGAGGCAGCAAGAUGGUCUCUGAGAUCUACCUGACCAGGCUGCUCGCUACAAAAGGUACGUUACAGAAGUUUGUGGACGACCUGUUCGAGACCAUCUUCAGCACGGCCCACAGAGGCAGUGCGCUGCCACUGGCUAUCAAAUACAUGUUUGACUUCCUGGACGAGCAGGCCGACAAACACUCCAUCACAGACUACGACGUACGGCAUACCUGGAAGAGCAACUGUCUUCCUCUGCGGUUCUGGGUGAACGUCAUCAAGAACCCCCAGUUUGUAUUUGACAUCCAUAAGAAUAGCAUCACGGACGCCUGUCUGUCUGUGGUGGCCCAGACCUUCAUGGACUCCUGUUCAACGUCAGAACACAAACUAGGAAAAGACUCGCCUUCAAAUAAGCUUCUCUACGCUAAAGACAUCCCUAACUACAAAAACUGGGUGGAGAGGUAUUACUCCGAUAUCUCCCGUAUGCCAGCCAUCAGUGAUCAGGACAUGAGUGCCUACCUAGCAGAGCAGUCCCGCCUGCACCUCAGCCAGUUCAACAGCAUGUCUGCACUUCAUGAGAUCUACUCCUACAUCAUCAAAUACAAAGACGAGAUCCUCUCAGCGUUACAGAAGGAUGAACAGUCGCGCAGACAGCGGCUACGUGGCAAGCUGGAGCAGGUGAUCGACACCAUGGCCCUGGCUAGCUGAGGACCGGCCAACCGCACGCCUGGGCUAUUGGAGAACUGGCCAACCAACACGCCUUCCCUGACAACCUUUGAUGCCCGUGACAUUUUGACCCUCGACAUUUGAAGUCUGUCGUCAUCACCCUCACAAACAAACAACCAACAGCAGCAGAAAAAGACUGCAAGGACACAAGCACUCAGCAGCAGCAGCACACUGGAGAGACAGCAGAGUUUGGAACUACGGCCCCUCCGGGCGGGUUGGCGUUUUGUUGUUUUUAGUUCUUUUUUUUUUUUUCCCUCUGAGCCACCAACCCUGCCAUGAACAACCAAAUCAAACUCACCCUCAGUUUCAUCAAAUAUGGACCUCAGCUCAGGAGAGCCUUUAUUUUCAUCAAGGCCCUCAUCACGUCGAGACUCCUAUGGGAGUAGCAGUUGGGUACUUUGGCCACAAUCAGGAGCGGUACAUGCACAGUGGUGACCAAUAACUCAUCUAGCUGGAUACAGAGCUGAGAUGCUAAUGGAAAGGUACCAGUCACCAGCUGGUAGCUUUCCACAGCCACAGGCUAUGGUUCAAACUGUGAGCCAAUAAAAAUCCAGGAUAUAUAUAUCUCGAUACUUGAGCCCUUUCUUUUUUCUGUUUCUGCCCUCGGCGGGCAGGUCAGAGGUCAGGCUACAGAGCAGCAGCCAUGGAGCUGGUAGAGAUUCAGUGUGUUGCUCAGAGACACUUCGGCAGGGUGGAUGCUUGGCAGCACAUAGGUUGCUGCCACUGCAGGGCAACCAGGAGGAAGGACUUUGCAGGGAAACUCUUCCUCCAGUACUGACUCUCCAACUCUCUCAUCAACAAGAACUCCACUGUAGUCAAUCAAAGGACAUUUCAGUUUCAGAACUCUGCAUUUGAUUUGUUAUUGCAUUCAAUUCUGUUUCUCCCCCUGAAAACUGCCUACUCUCCCCAGUGCUGUGCCACUUGUGUUACUGCUGAAUUUGCACAACAAAGCUAAAUCAAAAGAGAGAAGAGGAUAUAUGAAUAUAUAUAGAUAUAUAAAUACAAACCUUUUGUUUUUAAAACAAAUGAAAAGUUGAAAAAAAUGUUUUCCAUUUAAAUGUACAAAAGAUAAGUUCGAGAAGAGGAUUUGAUAUUUCCAAGAUGAAAAAUUAUGAAAACACAAGGAAAAAGUCGUCCUGUGCCAUGUUUUACUUUGAAUGUUGUUUAGUGCAAAGAGACUUCUUUUCGUUAGAUGAAAUGUGCUAUGAUGAAAAUGUUGUCAUGCUUACUGACUGAAAGUGAGAGUCUAAAAAUAGGUAACUGGCAAAAAAAUAUAUAUAUAUAUAAAUCUAUAUAUAUAUAUAUAUAUAUAUAUACAUAUAUAUAUAUACAUAAAUAUAAUUACAGACACUUUCUAUAUUUCAUGAGGUCUUGGAGCCGUUGUGUGCUACAUCUUUGGCUCCAAAGAGACUAAAAAGACUAAUGAUGUCUGGAAGUCACCUGUGAGCCAACCGACCUACAGUGCUCUUGUGUUUGUUUUAAAGAAACCAAAUACACCUGGUCAGCUUAUUUAGAUGAAAAAAAAAAGUCAUUUCUGUGGAGGCCAGCCUCGUUGCUCCAUGGUAGCAGACUACUAUAGAGGAAUUAGGCAGUCAUUUAAGUUUGACCCUGCAACUUCUUGAUCUUCUUGUUUUAUAGACUUCCCCACUUGUCUGAACCAUUUUAUUAGCUGUGCCAUCCAGUAUGACGGCUAGUUUUGGUGUGAAACAGAAGACAGUGAAACAGUAUUGUCUGGUUUUGGCUUGUUUUUUUUUGUUUUUUUAGUCUGCAGUUAAUACAGUAAAAGCUAAAAGUUCAAUUUUUUGAAAUGUGAAUGUGGUUUAUGAAGAGAUGAUGAAAUGUAGCUUGAUUUAUGUGAGUGUUUUUGUACCAGUUGAAGGCCUUUUUUUCAUUCUGUGGUUUUAUAGGGGUAUGAAAAAAAAAAAGUUAAGUACAUGCUGCUCCGCGUUAACUUGCAGUGCUUCGAAGAACAUGCAUUCAUAAACAAGACAUUCCUUUCUCCUAUGACUGUAAAAGGGUUACAAGACUAAUAAAGAAGGUUAGAAAAUACAUUUUAAAAAAUGAUUGAAAGGUGUUAAACAAAACCAGGGUAAUGUAUACUGUAUGUUAUCCAUCAUGUAAAAAGCAGAGCACACACAUCUUCAACCAGAUCAGAUAGUUGAAUUCAAGACAAAAAAAAAAAAAAAAACUCCUCUACUUAACCCUGUGUGUUUCUUUUGAUACAGAAUGUAAAACAGGUCACUUUAAAAGGAAACAGUUACCAAUGCCUCACAAUCAUUUUCAUUUUCUUCCUCUUCAGCAUUGCUUCCCUCAGAUUUAUUUUCCCUGGGGUAUAGUAGAAAGGCCUCUAACCAGUUGAAACUAGAGUCCUCAGGCAAGUCCAAAUGGCACAGAGCUUUGAAGUUACAUCAGGAACCUGAUACACCAGGGCUGUUGUGAAAGGCCUGGUAGGUUUAUUUAAAACUGGAAGUUACUAUAACCCUUUGACUUAUCUUUUCUUCUGGCUAACAAGCCCACACUAAGACAGUUUGAGAAGAGGAAACUGAGAUGGCAGCCAUUACUAACUUACUUUCUUUGUUUUUUUUCCAUCUUGAUGAUGGAUCAUUGUGAUUGCAGUAAGUGCUGCUCUUCAGUGCAAUCCAGCAGAGCAAAGGGAAACUCCUUUUCUAACACAGCAGCAAUCCAUCUGCAAUGAGACCUGCACCCCAGUGUUCUCAUUCUCCAUUGUCUCAAAUUCUUGGGACAUGCUGAUUGCUCAUGCUGAUUUUAGGCUAGCAAACACUUAGAAACUUUCUCUGAUUCACAUUCACACGAUUAAGGAUUUAUUCUAAGUUUAAAAUGUUAUCUGGAAAAACACACUCAUAUGUUUUUGAAUUGUAAUUAUAAGUACAGUAAGCUAAGAUUGCAAAUCUACAAUCAAGGGAGGUUUAAAACUAAAUUAUCAGGUCAAAUAAAUGGAAUGGAAUUUAGCUGGCAUAAUUGUAGAAAUCUGUAUUCCACAAGUUUAAUACAUGUGGAAGUUGUAGUGACUAAAUCACAUUGUUUUGUUUGUUCUGAAUACAGAAGACCCGUAGCUAGAAGACUAAGUGUGUGAGCAACACUUCAAAAGCACCAGAUGGAAUAACUGACAUAUCCUGAGUGAUAAUUGUUCAGUCACAGCUAUUUUACAGAAUGAAAUUAUAGGGCAAACUCCCCUUUGGUGCAAGUGGUUUUCAGUCAACAUUUGUGGUAAAUUUGCACCUUUGACCCUUUGGAUUUUGUCUUUUGAGGAGCAGUCUCUCAAAACCUGGAAAAUAACAAUGAAGUUUUGAAUGAAGAUUGAAAUAACUUUAGUUAUCAUUUCAUGUCCCAGUAAGGCACUGGUAGGCGCUACCCACGCCAUGUUAGCUGCUGCAGAUGAUUAGCUAACUGACAUGCUAAUUUAAAAGUUGGUCAGAUUAAUGAAACAAACAACAUUCCCGAGUUAUAUCCACAUAAAAAUGAACAAUAUAUAUUCCCUACAGUUUUCAUGUUUGAGGUGUAAAAAAUGUGAUCAGUUCCCUGUUGAAGCCCUGUGGCUCAGUAACACACAAAAUUUGGAAAUUAUUUAGCCAACUCCAGCUUUCUCUUUUUAAGUCAUCAGGAUGGUAAAUAUUUUUUCAAAUAUAAAAAAAAAAAUUCUUUAGUCCAACAAAAGUAAAUUCCCCAUGAUAGAUUAUUGUUUUUUUAUUAAACCCUUUAAUAAUCCAGUGUACAUUUUCUUGUCACACUAAGAUGCCAUGUUUUCAACUGACAGCAUAAACAUGUUUGGACAGAAUGAAACGUACUGUAUGUGCUUCAAUACUUGAACCACUGAUCUACACAGGGUAAAACAACAUACAGGACCGCUGACCAAAGCUUUAUUCAUCCACAUCAGGAGAACAUCUCCGUGACAAGAAAUUAUCUUUGAUCCAUCUGCUUUCAGUUCUUCCACAAAAGGAUUUUGCACUCACUUACAGUCACUUAAAAACCUCCUCAUUGAAGGUAUUUAGUGUUUGUCUUUAUGCUUGAUGAAUGGUGAAAUUGAGAUGAUGUUACUUCCAUGUACAGACAGUCAUUAACACAUUUUGUUCAAUUUAAAUGAAGGACUGAAACAGUCUGAGGAUGUGGACCACUGUGUUGAUGUUUGACUGCUAUUCACUUGCUCAAUUGUUCUUUUGAUGAAGACUUGUAAAGAUGAUUUUAGUGAUGUGGAAAAUGUAAUGAGGCUUAGUUAGUAAGCCUCAUGGAUUACUUUGUAGGGUGUAGAAAAAAAAGAGAAAAAAAGUUCAGAAAAAUGGCGGGAUAAGGCCCACAUGGUCUCUGGCGCUUUUGUUUCUUAGCUUUGCUACUUGUUUUCUGCUUCACCACUUGUUGGGGCAAAAGAUGAAAAGACUUGGGCAAGGCAGAGGAAGUGCUUUGAAGGCCAUGGUACCGCUUCAUUUUCCACUCUGUUACAUCUGUGGCAUUCAGUUUCUCCACAUAGAAAAAGACAGUGGUGAAGGAGGGAGAAAGAGGUGGAGGGAGAAAUUCUCUCAGUGAAUGAGCGAUACAAAACUGUUCCCCGUGCCUUGUCAGCCUCUUACCAUACUGAAAAUUAUGUAUAUUUACAUAAUACUUAAGAAUAUGAUUUAAGAUAGGUGUUAAAGAUUGGUCAUAUAAAUAUAUUUAAAUCUACAAUUUGGCAACUAUUGUUUAUUUUAAAGUUGCUUUUUUCUGAGCGUGAAAUGAGAAGGUUGAUACCUAUUUCUUACAAAGCUGCAGUAAGGAUGUGUUUGACCUAGCUCAGCAUAAUAUGUGAGAGCUUGCCUGGCUCUGUAUGUAAUGAAAAAAUAGGAGUAGCUACCAACGCCUUUCAAGCUAAUGAGGAAGAAAUUAUUUAUAAUUUAUUUAACUUUGGAAUAGACAGAUAAGUAAAUGCAACAGUUUGUAGUUUGGGGUUGGAAAAACAAGAUACAUUUCUUAGCAAGUUAGCUUUGGAGACGUUGAGCAUGAUAUGCUCUUUCAAUGUUCAUGCUAAGUUGAGCUAAGCUAACUACAUUGUGACUCCGGUUCUGUCCUUAACACUGAGACAUAAGAUUGAUGUUGUCACUCUUGUAAACAAAGUAACUUAGCAGAUAAAAGAAAUGCUAAUUUGUCCUUUAAGUAUGAAGCUGUUAGGAGAUGGUUAGAUUAGCUUAGCAUAAAAAGAGCUAGCUUUGCUCUAUUUGAAGGGAAAUAAAAAAUCUACAAGCAUUAAUACAGUAAGCAUAUAAACAUGUAUGCUGUUAAUUUAACCUUUAAACAGAGCUAGGCUAGCUGUUUAUUCCUGCUUUUAGCCUUUCUGCUAAAAGAUAACCUAGCCUCAUGGAGUUUACAUAAUAGUGGUGUCAGUCUACUUAUUCAACUCUCCAAAAGAAUGUUAGAAAGCAUUUUCUCAAAAAAUGUUUCCAGCUACCAGCAUGAUUUUUUGAAAGCAUUCUUUAAAUCUAUUCUGAAGUAUACCAGAAAUAUACUUUUCAAUAUGGGCUGUCAUGUUGGUGGCAACAUGACACCACCUCCCACCCAUAGAGAGACACACCACCGCACAACCUUAAUAUGUCCCCGGUUCAUCUGUCAUUUUUGAUUUGCUCCCCCUCAACAGCAACACUUGUGGGUUUUUCUUCCCUCCAGCUCCAACUCUCCAGCUUCCUCACCUGCUGAGUUCACUUUGAUUAAAGUACAUUUCAGAGAAGGAGUAUAGGACGUAAAAUAUCUUCACACACAGAUUAAAGAGGAGAGAGGUAGAAAGAAAAAAAUACCUUAAAGAGUUUUAAUACUUUAUGAAUUCUGAUACCUUUUUAAGAGUUUCAGACUUGAAGCUGCUGUGACAGGUUUUGGCUGUUUCACGCCCGUGUAAAUAUCCUGCUCUUUCCUAUUUUGCAGAUUUAUUACGUGUAAAUAGACACGCAUCAAGGAGAGAUUAAACAUGUUUUUUGCUAAA